GCAUUCACUAUAUCCGCUCUCCCCGGACCCCGCAUUCACUAUAUCCGCUCUCCCCGGACCCCGCAUUCGCUACAUCCGCUCUCCCCGGACCCCGCAUUCGCUACAUCCGCUCUCCCCGGACCCCGCAUUCGCUACAUCCGGUCUCCCCGGACCCCGCAUUCGCUACAUCCGGUCUCCCCGGACCCCGCAUUCGCUACAUCCGCUCUCCCCGGACCCCGCAUUCGCUACAUCCGCUCUCCCCGGACCCCGCAUUCGCUACAUCCGCUCUCCCCGGACCCCGCAUUCGCUACAUCCGCUCUCCCCGGACCCCGCAUUCGCUACAUCCGCUCUCCCCGGACCCCGCAUUCACUAUAUCCACUCUCCCUGGACCCCGCAUUCACUAUAUCCGCCCUCCCCGAACCCUGCAUUCACUAUAUCCGCUCUCUCCCGGACCCCGCAUUCACUAUAUCCGCUCUCUCC